UUUGUGCCAUAAAAUUUUCCAAUUCCCCUCUUUUCUCCAGUAGUAUAAAUCCGUAUGCGAGUUCGUCAAAACCCUCAAUUCUUCUUCUUCUCCAAAUCCCUAUUCUCUCUUUUAUUAAUUUAGAAAAAGAAAAAAAAACCAGAUCUGAAAAUGGCGCGCGGAGAUGGAGCUUCAUCAAACGCGUCGAGGUUGAGGAAGAGGGUGGAGGUCGACACCGAUUCUUCCGCGACGACGAUGGCUCUCAAACGCGCCAGAGACGGCAGCGCGUUUGCCAAAUGUGAAGAAUGCAACAAAGAUGUGCCAGUGGCUUUGAUUAGCUUCCACAACUGUAGCCUCGAUGCCAAAAUUAAGAUGAAUCUCGAGUCACAGGUUGUGGAAAUGGCAAGUGAAGCCAAGAAGAAGCCAGCACCACAAAAAAGGAAGGCUAACCAGACACAAUCUACAUCAUCGAAAAAGACGAAGAAGGCCAAGGAUCCAAACGCACCGAAGCGCCCCGCAACUGCUUUCUUCAUAUUCAUGGAGGAUUUUAGGAAGUCGUUUAAGGAGGCUAAUCCCGACAAUAAACGUGGUUCGGAGGUUGCGAAAGAGGGUGGUGAGAAAUGGAAAUCGUUGACCGAGGAGGAGAGGCAGGUGUAUAGAGAUAGAGCUGCUGAGCGUAAAGCAGAGUACGAAAAGACCUUGGAGUUAAACGAAGCUGAAGAUGAACAAGAUGCUGAUGUGUCACCGGACAAGGAAGACGACAAAGCAGAGGAGAUCAAUGAUUUGUCAGAUGAUGAAACUAAGGAUGAAAUCGAAGAUGAUGAUUCGAUGGCUAAGAAAGAAAUCAAGGAGGAGAUUGAAGAGGAUGAUGAAUAGGGAAUUUUGAUGGUUCUUAUUAGGGUUUGGUUUUGAAGGUUUUCUUGUAAAUUUUGACUUUUGUCUCACUUAACUAGGUUUUCUUGAAUCUGUUAUUCCAUUUUGAAGACUAUGUUUUAAGUAUUGCAAGGUUUUGGCAAAUCCAUUGUUAUAUUAAGUUUUCAUUUGUUAAAUGCAAUGGAGAAUGUUGGAUUAGUAGUUA